AUGAAGAAUCUUAUUCCUCUCCACACUCAGAAAAAUGUUCGUUACUCUUGCCAGCCUGGAACUUUCAAUUCCUCUUCAACAGCAGACAUCCUAAUUCCUCUUCACAGCCAGAGAACCUUCCCCACCGCCCAAAGGAACCUCAUUCCCUCACCCACAUCCCUGAGAAUCCUCAUUCUCUUUCAACAGCAAGAGGAACCUUCCAAAGCUAAAGAAACUCUCAUCCCUCUGUCCACAGCAGAGAUCCUUAUUCUUCCUUCCAACGCUCGAAACUUUCCUCCAAACCUCAUUCCUCUUCCACAGUCAGAAAACCUCCUUCCUCUUCCACAGCCAGAGAACACCGUUCCUCUUUCACAACCCGAGAACGUCAUUCCUCGUCCACAGCCAGAGGCCCCCAUUACCCUUAUUCCUCUUACACACCAAAGAAAACUCAACUCUGGGGGGCUCUUCCACUCCAAGCCCAAAAUUAUUGCUCUUUCUACAGCAAGAGAAACUCAAUUCCUCUUCAACACCCUGCAAAACUCAUUCCUCUUCCACAGCCAGAGAACCCCACUGCGGUCCUCAUUCCUCUUCCUCAGCCAGAGAACCUCAUGCACUCUUCCACAGCUAGAGAACCUUGUACCUCUUCCACAGCCGGAGAACCCCCACCGCCUGUUUUCACAACCAGAUACACCUCAUUCACUCUUCUGCCCAGAGAACCUAAUUCUGCUAACACAACCAGAGACUCCCAUUCUCGUUGCACAGCAGGAGAACCUUAUUCCUCUUCUACAGCCUGGUACCCCAAUUCCUCUGCAGUCAGAGAACCUUGUUCCUCUACUACAGACAGAGACAGAGAGUCUUGUCCUUCUUCCACAACCAGAGAAACUCAUUCCUCUUCCAGUCCCAGACACCUCCAUUCCUCUUUUACAGGUAGAGAACCUCAUAUUUCUAACACAACCAGAGGCCCCCAUUCCUCUUCAGAACCGGAGAUUCUCAUUCCUCCUCCGGAACUAUAUUCCACUUUCACAACCAGAUAACCUAGUUCCUUUUCUACAACCAGAGAACCUCAUACUUCUAACACAGCCAGAGACCUCCAUUCUAUUUUCACACCCAGAAAACCUCAUUCCUCUUCCACAGCCAGAGAACUUCAUUCUUAAUCAACAGCCAUACAACCUCAAUACUCUUUCACAGCCAGUGACCACUAUUCCCUUUCUACAGCUAGAGAGCUUCAUUCCUCUUCAACAGACAGACAUGCCUAUUCUUCGUUUACAGGCCGAGAAUCCCAUUCCUCUAAUGCAACCAGAAACCCUCAUCCUUCUUUCACAACUAGAGAAUCUCAUUCCUCUUCCGCACCCAGACACCCCUAUUCCCCUUCCACAGCUAGAGAAAAUCACAACUAUUCCACAGCCAGAGAACUUCAUUCCUCUUCCACAGCCAGAGAACCUUAUUCAUCUUCUACAGCAAGAGAACCUAAUUCCUCUUCUACUCCUUCCUUUUUCACAGCCUGAGAACAUGAUUCCUCUCCUACAGCCAGACAUCCCAGUUCCUAUUCAACAACUAGAGAACUUUGUUCCCCUUCCACAGAAAGAGGACCUAGAGAACCUCAUUUCUCUUACACAGCCAGAGAACCCCAAUACUCUUCCUCAACCCAUGAACCUCAUGCCGCUAACACAGCCAGAGACCCCUAUUCCUCUUCUACAGCCAGAUACACCAAUUCCUCUUUCACAGCUAGAGAACCGUGUUCCUCUUCCACAGCAUGGGAACCGCAUUCCUCUUCAACAGACAGAGGAUCUUUCACAACAAGAGAACCAAAUUCCUCUUCCACGGCCUGCAAACCUCAUUCCUCUUCUACAGUCAGAGCACCUCAUCAUUCUUCCACAGCCAGAAACAUUUGUACUUUUUCCACAGCCAGAGAACCUUGUACCUCUGCCACAGCCAUAUAACCUCACACCUCUUCUACAAUCAAAGACCCAAAUUCUUUUUCCACAGCCAGAGAACCAUAUUCCUCGACCAGAUAACCUUGUUCCUCUCCCGCAACCAGAGAACUUCAUUCUUUUAACACAGCCAGAGACCUUCAUUCCUCUUUCAUACCCAGAAAACUUCAUUCCUCUUCCACAGCCAGAGGACCUCAAUCUUAUUCAACAGUCAAAUAACCUCAUUCCUCUUUCACAACCAGAGACCCCCAUUCUACAGCAAGGAAACCUUAUUUCUAUUCCAGAGAUGAUUAUUCCUCUUCCACAGCAAAUGAAAUUUAUUACUCUUCCACAGCCAGAGAAUGUUGUUCCUCUUUUGCAGUGUGAGAACAUUCUUCCUUUUCUCCAGCCAGAUACCUUAAUUCCUCUUCCACAACCAGAGAACCUCAUUCCUCUUCCACUACGAGACACCCCCAUUCCAUUUCCACAGUUAGAGAACCUCAGUCAUAUUCCACGUCCACAAAACCUUAUUCCUCUUCCACAACCUGAGAACCUCAUUCCCCUAACACAGCCAGACAACUCCAUUACUCUUCCACAGCCAGAGAUUCCCAUUCAUCUUCCACAGCUAAAGAACCUUAUUCCUCAAACACAGCUAGAGAACUUUAUUAAUUUUCCACAGCCAGUCUCUAUUCCUCUUCUGCAACAAGACCUUAUUCGUCUCCCAUUACCAGAGAACAGCAUUCUUCUUUCACAGCCUGAGAACCUUAUUCCUCUUCUACAGCCAGACACUCCAAUUCCUCUUUUACAUGUAGAGAACCUCAUUUCUCUAACACAACCAGAAGGCCCCAUCCCUCUUCCACAACCAGAGAAUCUCAUUCCUCCUCCACACCCAGACACCCCUAUUCCCCUUCCACAGCUAGGGAACCUAACUCCUAUUCCACAGCCAGAGAACCUCAUUCCUCUUAUACAGCCUUCGAACCUUGUUCCUCUUCCACAGUUAGAGAACUUCGUUCCUCUUCCACAGCCAGAGAACCAUAUUCCUCUUCCACAGUCAGAGAACCUCAUUCUUCUUCCACAGCCAAAAAACCUCCCUCCUCUUCCACAACCAGAGAAUCUCACUCUGUGCGAAUUAUUCAUUCCUCUUCUACAGCCAGAGUACCUCAUUCCUCUUCAACAGCCAGAGACCCCCAUUCGCCAUGCACAGCCAGAGAACCUUAUUCCUCUUUUGCAGUCUGAGAACGUCUUUGCUGUUUCACAACCUGAAAACCUCAUUCCUCUUCUACAGCUAGAUACCCCAAUUCCUCUUCCACAGCUAGAUAGCCUCCUACUUUUUCCACAGCAAGAAAACCUCGUUUCUCUUCCACAGCCGGACAACCUCAUUCCUCUUCCACAAGUAGAGAACCUCAUUCCUCUUCCACAGCCACAGAACCUUGUUUCUCUUCUACAGCCAAAGAACCUCAUUCCUCUUACACAGCCAGAAAACCUCGUUCCUGUUCUAUCUCCAGAAACCUUCAUUCCUCUUCCACAACUAGAAAGCCUCAUUCCUCUUCUACAACCAGAGAAUGAUUUUUCCUUCCAACAAACAGAGAACCUCCCUCUUCCACACCCAAGGAGCCUCUUUUCUCUUUCACAAUUAAAAAACAUUCCUCUAACAUAUCCUGGGACCACAAUUCCUCUUACUCUGCCACAGACCCUCAUUCCUCUUCUACAGCCAGACGAUCUCAUUCCUCUUCCUCAGCCAAAGAUCCCCAUUCCUCUUCUACAACCAGAGUACCUCUUUCCAUUAACACAGUCAGAGUCCCCCAUUCCCCUUCUACAACCAGAGAACCUCACUCCUCUUCUACAGUCUGAGACCCCAAUUCCUCUUCCUGCGAACCUCAUUCUUCUUCCACAGGCAAAUAACUUUGUUCCUCCUCCAAAACCAGAGAACGGUAGCCUUCUUUCACAGCCAGAGAACCUCAUUCCUCUUCUACAACUAGAGCCAGAUAUCCCCAUUCCUCUUCCACAGCCAGAGAACCUUAUUCCUCAAACACAGCUAGAGAACUUUAUUAGUAUUCCACAUCCAGAGACCCCUAUUCCUCUUCUGCAGCAAGAGAACCUUAUUCCUCUCCGACUACCAGAAAACGGUAUUCCUCUUUCACAGCCUGAGAACCUCAUUCCUCUUCUACAACCAGACACCCCAAUUCUUAUUCCACAGCCAGAGAACCAUAUUGCUCUUCCGCAGUCAGAGAACCUCAUUCUUCUUCCACAGCCAAAGAACCUCCCUCCUCUUCCACAACCAGAGAAUCUUACUCCUCAAUCACAGACAGAGACUCUGAUUCCUCUUCCACAGACAGAGAAUCCCAUUCCUCUUUCACAUUCAGAAUACCUUAUUACUCUUCUUCAGCCAGAGUACCUCAUUCCUCUUCAACAGCCAGACACCACCAUUCCUCUUGCACAGCCAGAGAACCUUAUUCCUUUUUUGCAGCCUGAGAAUGUCUUGGCACAACCUGAAAACCUCAUUCUUCUUCUACAGCCAGAGAAUUUCAUCUCCAUUCCACAGCCGGACAACCUAACUCCUCUUUCACAAUUAGAAAGCCUCAUUCCUCUUCCACAACUAGAGAACAACGUUCCUCUUCCAGAGCCUGCGGCCCCAAUGCCUUUUCCACAACUAGUGAACCUCCUUCCUUUUCCACAGCCACAGAACCUCAUUCCUCUUCCACAGCCAGAGAAUUUCAUUCCUUUUCUACAGCCUGAGAACCUUACUCUUCUUCCACAGUCUACGAACCUCAUUCCUCUUCCACAGCCAAAGAAUCUCAUUCCUCUUCCACAGUCAGAGAACCUCGCUCCUCUCCUACAACCAGAGAACCUCGUUACUCUUCCACAGCCAGAGAACCUCUCUCCUCUUCUGCACCAACAGAUCUUCAUUACUUUUCUACAGUCAGAGAACUUCAUUCCUCUUCCACAGCCAGAGACCCCAAUUAUUUUUCCACUACCAGUGAACCUCCUUCCACUUCCACAGCCACAGAACUUAAUUCCUCUUCCACAGCUAGAGACCCCCAUUCCUCUCCUACAGCCAAAGAACCUCAUUCUUCUUUUACAGCCAGAGAACCUCGUUCCUAUUCCACAGCCAGAGAACCUCAUUCAUUCUCCACAACCAGAGAACUUAAUUCCUCUUCCACAGCCAGAGACCCCCAUUCCUUUUCCACAGCCAGUGAACCUCGAUCCUCUUCCACAAUCAGAAAACCUCAUUCCUCUUCCGCAGAAGGAAACACUCAUUCCUUCCACAGACCCCUAUUCCUGUUUCACAGCCAAAGAACCUCAUCCACAUUCCACUGAUAUUCAAUCAGCCACAAGACUUAAUCCCCUUGACACAAUCACAGACCGCCAUCCUCGAGAGCUCCAUUUCCCUUCCACAAUCACCUUUGCCCUUUCUGCAGCCACAUUCUUACGUGUCACCGCUACUGCAAUUGGGUGCAGCUGA